AACGCCGUAGUCUAGAGAUGUGGACUGAAAUCGGAAAACUACUAUUUUUCCAUUUGUUAGUCAUGGAGCUUCACUCAACAAAAGGAACCGAGGAGGAGUGUGAGGACGGACAGUUUCAGUGCAAUAAUAAGAGGUGUAUACCAACUAUAUGGAGGUGCGACGAUGAUGAUGACUGCUCGGAUAACAGUGACGAGGAGAACUGUCCGAGGAAAACGUGUGCGCCCACAGACUUCGCCUGUCAGAACGGCCACUGCGUGUCCGGCCGCUGGCGCUGUGAUGGAGAGCCCGAGUGUCCAGACGGGUCAGACGAGGCCGACUCCAUAUGCAUCCGACAGACAUGUCCCCCAGAGAAAUUUGACUGUGGUGGGAAGUGUGUGUCGUUGUCGUGGCGAUGCGACGGUGAGAAGGACUGUGAGAAUGGGGCUGAUGAGGAGGACUGUGCAGCAGAUGCCCGUGCCUGCCCCGCUGGUGAGUUCCAGUGCCACAACCGCCGGUGCCUGGCGCCGGCCUACGUGUGCGACGGGGACGACGACUGCGGCGACGGCAGCGACGAGGCCAAGUGCGCGCCGCCCACCUGCGGCCCGCACGAGUUCCGCUGCAACAGCUCCGAGUGCGUGCCGCAGCCCUGGAGCUGCGACGGCGACCCCGACUGCUCCGACGGCUCCGACGAGUGGCCCCAGCGCUGCGGCGCCGCCGGAGGGGGCAAAGGGGGAGGGGCGGAGGGGGGCGGGCGAGCCCCGGCGCCCCCGCCGGCCCGCAAGCUGGAGUGCUCGCCCGGAGAGUUCCGCUGUGGCAGCGGCGAGUGCAUCCGGCCGGCCUGGCGGUGCGACAGAGACCCCGACUGCAAGGACAAGUCGGACGAGGCUGACUGCCCGGUCCUAACGUGUCGGCCAGAUGAGUUCCAGUGUGGAGAUGGCUCAUGCAUCCACGGAACCAAACAGUGCAACAAGGUGCACGACUGUCCUGACCACAGCGACGAGGCUGGCUGUGUCAAUGCGACCAAAUGUGAAGGCCCCCACAAGUUCCUGUGCAAAAACGGCGAGUGCAUUGACAGCGACAAAGUGUGCGACGGCGCCCGCGACUGCAAGGAUCGCUCCGACGAGCCCAAGAAAGAGUGUGGCUUGAACGAGUGCCAGCUCAACAACGGGGGCUGCUCGCACGUCUGUGUGGACCGGCCCAUCGGCUUCGAGUGCCAGUGCCCAGCAGGGUACAAGCUGCUGGACAAGAGAACGUGCGGAGAUAUCGACGAGUGUGAGAACCCGGACGCCUGCAGCCAGAUCUGCGUCAACCUCAAGGGGGACUUCAAGUGCGAGUGUCACCCGGGUUACGAGAUGGACCCCGUCAGCAAGACCUGCAAAGCCGAAGGAAAGAGUCCGUAUCUGAUGUUUACCAACCGUCACGAGAUCCGGCGCAUCGACCUGGUGAAGCGAGACUACACCCAGGUGGUGCCCACGCAGAAGAACGCCGUGGCCCUGGACGUGGACGUGGCCUCCAACCGGAUGUUCUGGUGCGACCGCUUCCACCGGAGGAUCUACAGCGCCUACAUCCACGAGGCCAGCGACCCCUCCCGGCAGCUGACGCUGAUAGACUCGUCCCUGCACUCUCCAGAGGGCCUGGCCCUGGACUGGGUCCAGCACAACCUCUACUGGACCGACUCCGGCGACAGGUCCAUCUCCGUGGCGACAGCCGACGGAGCGAAGCGCAAAGUUCUGAUUGACACCGACCUGAGUGAACCGCGGGCCAUCGUAGUGGACCCAGACCGGGGCUUCAUGUACUGGUCCGACUGGGGCACCAGGGCCAAGAUCGAGAAGGCGGGCAUGAACGGAGUGGACCGGCAGAUCCUGGUGUCCGAGGGCAUCGAGUGGCCCAACGGGAUCACUCUGGAUCUCUUGAGCAGGCGUCUGUACUGGGUAGACUCCAAGCUGCACCUCAUCUGCAGUGUGGAUCUGAGUGGAGCUCAGCGCAGGGUGGUCCUGGCCUCGACCGAGAGGCUGGGUCACCCAUACGCCCUCGCUGUUUUUGAGGAUCGCGUGUACUGGACCGACCGUGAGAAGGAGGCCGUGUACAGCGCCAACCGGCUGACUGGGCUAGAGCUGACCGCCCUGGCCGAGAACCUCAACGACCCUCACGACAUAGUGGUGGUGCAUGAGCUCCGCCAGCCAAAAGGCGUGGACAGCUGUAACAUGGGUGGAGUAGAGAACGGCGGCUGUGACUUCCUGUGUCUGAAAGCGCCGCAGAUUACUGAGCACUCGCCCAAGUACACCUGCGCCUGCCCCCGCGGAGAGGAGCUGGGGGAAGAUAUGCGCCACUGUGUCCCUGGUAACACCGCCAGCUGUGAUCCCCUUUCCGCAGCUACACCAUCUGCCCAAGACUCCAACUCCACGGCGACGUUCAACACAUCCAUGACCGUCGCCAUGGAAACGGCAUCCGUCGUUCCACCAAACUCCACCGGCCCCAGAGGCCCGGCGUUGGCGACCUCGGAGAUCGCGCUGACUGGCCUCACACCUGCGCCCCCCAUCACCAGCAUGGCCGAUGCCCAGCCACCGUCCAACUGGACACUGCAGCCCAGCAGCAGCAGCAGCGGCGGCAGCAGCAGCCGCAACGCCUCCGUGGGAGCCGUCCCCACCGUCCCCGGGGAGAUCAGCAACCUGUCCCAUCACGCUGGCAAUGAGCUGUUUCUCCUUGGCAACAAUCUGACGGUGGCGGUGCUGGGCAUUGUUAUUCCCAUAGUUCCUAUCGUUGCCACAGUGGUGUUCGGCGUGGUGUGCGCCGGCGUCUACCUGGUGUGGCGCAACUGGCAGAGCAAGAGCACCAAGAGCAUGAACUUCGACAACCCGGUGUACCGCAAGACCACCGGCGAGACCGAGGAGGACGAGAUCCACAUCGGCCGGACCGAGGGCCUGGUGGGCCCGCACCACCACCACCACCACCCCUCCUACCCGGGCCCCGUGGUGGGCAUGCCCAGCGUGGGGGGCAGCGCCGGCGGGAGCGGGGGCACGUGUCCGCCCUUCAUCGCGCUCCCCAUGGGCAGCGCCCUGCCCGACCCAGCGACGCACUGGUACACCGAGCAGCCCACCAUUGCCGGCCCAAAAUGA